GUACUCCGCUUCACACCGCACCUGCCUGGUCGCCCAACUCCACGGACGGCACCUACAGGGGAGCACUGGUCAGACAGCGCUGCUAAUGGGGGUGCUGGACUUGACUGGGGACCGGUACUUGUCACAGAACAGCAGGAGAACACGUGGAGACACCACACUGGGCCAAAGAAUGGACUAUAA